AUGUGUAUAAAUUCUUUAAUGAUUGAUAACGAUAUAAUAAAAUGUCUCAUAGAAGAUUUAGUUGAUCGUAUCUGUUUAAUAAACAGUUCAUCACCAAUUCAAAUAAAUUCUUCAAUAUAUUAUUCAUCAAAAUCAAUUGAAAAUAAAUUUAAUCAAUCAAUAAAUAUUCUUAAUAAUUCAAUAAAACAAUUAUUAAAAUAUGAAUUAAAUACAGUUGUUAAUAAUGGUCAAUUAACAACAACAUCAAAUAUUCGACAUGGUCGUUAUUAUAAUCCAGCUACAACAAUUAAACAAAUAAAUGAUUUAAAAAAACGACUUCAUUGGAUUCAACAAAGACAAAUGAUUAUAAAACAAUUAAAUAUUAAUCAAGAUAAAAAAAUAAAUGAAACAAUUUCGGAUGUAAAUUUACUUGAAAAUAUUUGGUUUGAACAUCGAUUAAAAAUGUUAGAUAAUUCAAUAGAAUUAUUAAAAAAACAAGAAAUAGAAGAAGAACAACAACAACAAGAAAUUCAUGAUGAUUUAUCAUGUGCUCGUUGUAGAAUUUAUCAAAGAAAAAAUGAUACUGAUAAUCAAUUAUUAAAGAAAUUAAAACAUAUUCAUCAAGUUCAUAAUGAACAUAAUUAUUCAACAAGUCAUGUACAAUAUUCUACACCAGAAUCUGAUCUUAUUUUAUCUUUAUCAAAAAUCGCUGAUGGUAUUGGUCACAAUUUAAAUUCAAAUAUUUCGAAUUCAUCAAAAAAACUUCAAUCAACAACAUCAAUAACAACAACAAUAACAAAGAAAAAACAACAACAACAACAACAACAACCAAAAUUGCAAUCAUCUAUAUCUCUUAUUGGUGGAGAUGCCAAUAAAAAUACUAAACGAACAAUGGAAGAAUCUCGAAAAAUAUCGAACAGUAAUUUCAUUUCAACUAAUUAUGAUCUUACAAAUAAACGACAUAAAAGAAUAGCUUCUCCACAAUCAACAUUAUCAAUAUCAUCAACAAGCAUGACAGGAAUGAUUAGUAGUUCAUCACCUCAUGAAAUUUUGACACCUAGUUGGCGAAUAUUAACAAAUAAUGAUUUUGAUAAUGUAUUAAAUACUGAAAAAUGUUCUGAUCAACAAGAAAAUGAAGAUAUAUCUGAUGAAAGUUAUAUACAUCGUCAUAUUCGUUGUGAAUUAGAACAAGAAUCUUGGAUAACAAAUUCUCCAAUAUCAAAAAAUGUUUCAUUAACAACAAAUAAAAAAAGUGGAACACUUCAAACAUCAUUAUCUGUACCAAAUGGUUUAUCAACAACGAAUCAAAAACAGUAUAAAUAUCGUUUAACACCUAAUGGAGUUGCAUAUACAGAAACAAUUGAUACAAAAUAA